GGAGUGAGGUCGUAUCAGACUUCUUAUUUUGCGAAUGGCUGUGACAGUGAAAUGAACGUGUGUAAUUUAUGUGUUAAAACUAUGUAAGAAGUGAGUGAAUUCAUAUAAUUGUUACAAGAAAAAUUGAAUAAAACAUUCAGAUAUUCAAUGAAAAUGACUUAAGCCGAUGUCACGAUGAGGAUCGUUAGCUUGCUUCUGACACUCGUCUGUGUCAUGUCUUUCAACCUCACACACGCUAAAAUAGGUUACUUCUGGCACAUUACUGACUUUCAUUACGACCCGUUAUACACAGCACAGGGCGACACUAGAAGACAUUGUCGAAGAGCUGACGAGCGAGGGAGCUCGGGCCACCACAGAGCCCUCGGUAGACUUGGGGAUUACUCCUGCGAUAGUUCUUUGGAACUGAUACAAUCUGCCUUAAGAUAUAUGCGGACACGACAUUCAGAAAAUGUUGAGUUUGUUUUAUGGACCGGGGACAUCGUAGCAGUACAAUACUCUGACAAUGAAGACAAUAGGUACCAGGCGAUCAGAAAUAUAACCGAGCUUCUAAGGAUGACAUUCAGUUCUCAUUUCGUUUUUCCUGUACUUGGUCAUACGGAUCCAGCGCCUUCUGAGAGACUUACAAAUUUAUGGAGCCAUUGGCUACCGCUGGAAGCACUGCAAACAUUAAAAAUGUAUGGGUAUUACACAAUAGAACAGUCACACAGUAAGUUACGUAUCGUGGCGUUAAACACAAACCUAUUCAGCCACAGUCAAGCGAACAGUGUUCAGGCUAAGCGGCAGUGGGAAUGGUUGGAUGCUGUUCUUGAUAAGGCAACGGCUAAUAGUGAGAUGGUUUAUAUAGUGGGACAUUCAGCCCCCGGUUCAGGAUCUCGUUAUAACGCCUACUCGGUUGAUGCAAACGUUAAAUUCCUGAACACGAUCAGACGACACGCUGGUAUUAUAGCGGGACAGUUCUUUGGGCACCUACACGUGGACACGUUUCGAGUAAUAUAUGAUAAAGAACUGCCGGUAUCCUGGGCCUUCCUGGCGCCAUCACUUAGCCCUCAUCACGAUCCCGCCGGUUCUUCAAACCCAGGAUUAAGACUUUACAAAUUUGACUCAGAUACAGGAAAGGUUUUAGAUUACACUCAGUUUUACUUGGAUUUGGCCGUGGCGAAUCGAGUUGGGGACAGUGGUGCAACGGUUGUGGGAGGUGACUGGGUGGCUGAGUACAAUUUGACACAAUACUACGCCAUUAGAGACGUCUCUGCGGAAUCCUUGCAUCACUUGGCUGACAAGCUAAGGAUUGGCACGGCUCACGAAACUACCAUGUUCAAUAAAUAUUUACGCUCUUAUAACGUUAAACGGGAUAACUCUGACAACUGCGAUGGGGCGUGUGCACAUCAACACUAUUGUGCUAUAACCUGUUUGGAGCACAUCGCGUAUAGGCAAUGCGUCGAGGCAGCAGCCAGCGCUCUCGCAGCUUCUGGACGAUCCGCUCCGCUCGUUGUUCCGCUCAUUAGUCUGAUCCUCACCCUUAUUUUAGUAUGUAUAGCUGUGCUUUAAUUUUUUUAUAGUUGAGCGCUGCGCUUCGGAGUUAAAAAUUGGUGAUAUAAAUAAUGUUGACGUUUUCAUGCUCAGGCGGUAUUGUGAUAUGACUUGUGUGCUAGUGUGUGCAUAUUUUUUAUGAAUGAUUUCAUUAAUGUAAGAAAUUAAUUUGAUCAUUUCUAGCAUAAAUGUGAGUUAUGUUUAUCAGCUUUAUUGUAACAAAUUAAUAAGCUAGUUUGCAAGACUCUUUAUUUUAUAAGUAGAUAUAUGGUAAAUUUUAUACUGUAGAAUUUAAUUUUUAUACCAUAUGUAAUCAAAUGGUUUUCUUAGAUCUUUGUAAAUAAAUUAAUAAUUUUACUACAUAUUAAAUAAAUAAAUAAGAUUUUUUUAUUUCUCAUGUGAACAUUAACGAUUGAAAAUAAUUAAACAAAUUUCUAAACAAUUCAUUACUGGUAUAGUCUUUCAAGAUAUCAUUGUAAUUAAAUUGUUAGAGUUAAAAAUAUAUAUAUUUGGUUAACGCUCUCCUUAACUACCUUAAUGUAUUUAUGUAUUUGUAUUGUUAAUUUUUAAUGUUACUCUUAUACGUAUAAUGUAUAUAGUUAAUGUUAUUUAGAUCUCGACGUGUAAAGGCGGAGCAAUUAGUUUGUAAGUUAGUGUAGAUAUGACUUUAUUGCAGUGACCAAUUAAAUAUUGAAAUCUUGUACGUUCAUAUUUAAUAAAUAGUUUCGGUCAUUUAAUGUAUCGUAAAAUGUGUUUUAUUGUGUUCAAUAUCUUGGUAGAUAUGAUUUACGAAUCUUUUAUCUAAUUUAUAAUAAUAUAAAAAAAUAAUAUUUGAUAUUGUUGGCAAUUUAGAAACAUCCACUUAACUUUAUAAGUGUUGACGAGAAUUAUGUAGUGAGAUUCGUUCAAUGAAGGCUUUGGUGCCGUCGGUGUUAAAAAUGUGAAUUCGGCCAAAACUACAGAUAAAAAUACAUACAUUUAAAAAGUCAUAGUAAAUAUCAAUUGUAGGUUCUGGUUAAAUUAAAAUUCACAUAGAACAUAUAUAUAAUGAAAAAAAAUUAUCGACUCAACCAAGGUAUGAACCUGUAACUUCCGUGAUAUCGCAUUCUAUAUUUUCUAUUUGAUAUGAAUAUCAAUUUCCUGCCGACGUUGUAUUUAAGAUGUCGCAUUUUAGAAUACUACUUUGUAAUUUCUAAACCUUUUAAUUUAUAUUUCAAACAUAAUUUUCACGCGAUAAGGCAUUUGUUUGUUUCGUGUUAUUUAAGUGAUUACAAAUUCAAAUUAAUUAUAUUUAUUAAACCUCAGCGACUUACAAUUUAUUCGAUUAAGUUAUAAAUAUAUUUUAAGUUUAAAUGGCUGUUAUUGGUUUAAUGCAAGUUUUUCAGAUUUAAUUUUUCUAUUAUAUAAUUAUCUUAGUGAAUGUAUCUUGUUUAUAAAUGUGGUAAAACAACUUUAUGUAAAUAAUUAUACCUUAAUCUAGCUUAAUACAAAACGUGCUGAUCUUUCGUCACGAUAAUUGUAAA